AUGGACAAUGGUUCCCUGCAUGUCGUUAGGCAGCUGAACAAGAACAAGCCUCUCUGGAUGCGCAAGUCCGAAGACGUCACCAACGAGGAGUAUGCUUCCUUCUACAAGUCGCUGUCCAACGACUGGGAGGACAGGUCAGUAAUGGUUCAAGCCUGGGACAUGCCUGACCACCUUGCGGUGAAGCACUUCAGCGUCGAGGGCCAGUUGGAGUUCCGUGCGCUGCUCUUCGUCCCGCGCCGGGCGCCCUUUGACCUCUUCGAGAGCAAGAAGAAGCGCAACAACAUCAAGCUGUAUGUGCGUCGUGUCUUCAUCAUGGACGACUGCGAGGAGCUGAUGCCAGAGUGGCUGAACUUCGUGAAGGGCGUGGUGGACUCGGAGGACCUGCCUCUGAACAUCUCCCGCGAGACCCUGCAGCAGAACAAGAUCUUGCGAGUCAUCAAGAAGAAUCUUGUGAAGAAGUGCCUCGAGAUGUUCGCAGAGAUCGCUGAGAAGAAGGACGACUACAAGAAGUUCUACGAGCAGUUCGGCAAGUGCCUGAAGCUGGGCGUCCAUGAGGACUCCACCAACCGCACCAAGUUGGCCGAGCUCCUCCGCUACCACACUUCCAAGUCUGGAGACGAGCAGAUCAGCCUGAAGGAGUAUGUCGACCGAAUGAAGGAGGGACAGAACGACAUCUAUUACAUCACAGGUGAGAGCAUCGCGGCGGUAUCUUCCUCUCCUUUCCUGGAGACCCUGCGAAAGAAGGGCAUCGAGGUGCUUUACAUGAUCGACCCCGUCGACGAGUACUCCGUGCAGCAGCUGAAGGAGUUCGAUGGCAAGAAGCUGAAAUCCACCACGAAAGAGGGCUUGGACAUCGAGGACGAGGACGAGAAGAAGAAGCUGGAGGAGAUGAAGGCCGAGUUUGAGCCUCUCACCAAGCUGAUGAAGGAAGUCCUCGGAGACAAGGUGGAGAAGGUCAUCGUUAGCUCUAGGAUGGCCGACUCCCCUUGCGUGCUGACCACCUCCGAGUACGGCUGGUCUGCCAACAUGGAGCGCAUCAUGAAGGCCCAGGCCCUGCGCGACAACUCCAUGACUUCCUACAUGGUCUCCAAGAAGACCAUGGAGGUGAACCCGAAGCACUCCAUCAUGUCGGAGCUGAAGAAGAAGGCCGCUGCCGACAAGUCUGACAAGACGGUGAAGGACCUGAUCUGGCUUCUCUUCGACACCUCCCUGCUCACCUCAGGCUUCAACCUGGACGAGCCCACCCAAUUCGCUGGCCGCAUCCACCGCAUGAUCAAGCUCGGCCUGAGCAUCGACGAUGACGAUGAGGGCCUGGGCGAUGACGACGACCUGCCCCCGCUUGAGGAAGUCGAGGGCGCGGCCGACGAGGCCUCCAAGAUGGAGGAGGUCGACUAG